CAUUCAGCUGCACAUUUUUUAAUAUAUAUCUUGAAUCUGACUGAGAUAUCUACUGUCAAAAGACAUUGAACAUGGAAAAAAUUAUUAUUUAUUUACUUUCCUGAUAUGAUUGAUUGGUGUCGCACUUUUGCAUCCUGGGAGUUUGUAUGUUUUUUUAAUGAUCUUACAACAGUUAAUGAAACACCUACAUGUGGUGACGUCAUCCGACUGAACCCGUCUGUUCCAGUCUGUGACCCGCCCGGGCGAAUGGUCCAAAGAUCGAAAUCGAACGCCGCCCUUUAGAUUUUAUAGCCUAUUGCGGCGCGCGUGGUCCCAACGGUCUCAGAGGGGCGGAACCAACCAACGGUCUCAGAGGGUCGGAACCAACCAACGGUCUCAGAGGGGCGUAACCAACCAACGGUCUCAGAGGGUCGGAACCAACCAACGGUCUCAGAGGGUCGGAACCAACCAACGGUCUCAGAGGGUCGGAACCAACCAACGGUCUCAGAGGGUCGGAACCAACCAACGGUCUCAGAGGGUCGGAACCAACCAACGGUCUCAGAGGGGCGGAACCAACCAACGGUCUCAGAGGGGCGGAACCAACCAACGGUCUCAGAGGGGCGGAACCAACCACCGGUCUCAGAGGGGCGGAACCAACCACCGGUCUCAGGAGGGCGGAACCAACAGUCAGUGAGCAGCGUCGGUACUGUCUAGCAGGACACUCAGCGGAUGGCGGAGCGGGACCGUGCGGAGCGGGGCGACUCGACCGGCCCGGGGAUGUCUCGCGGCGGGUUGAAGUGGACCGUGGUGGUUCUGACCUGCCGACACAGAGACAGCGAGGUCUGCUUCCAGAGAGAGCUGGAGUUGCGGCAGCAGUGUGGCUCGCUCUACGAGGGUGCGUUGGUUCUGACAGUGCGGGACCGUGAGGAGCCGGUGGGCAGCGGGGGGGCGACGCUGAACGCUCUGCUAGUCGCUGCCGAGCACCUGAGCAACCGAGCCGGACACACGGUGGUGACGGCUGACGUCCUGGAUGACGCUCACAUCCUCAUCAUGCACACAGGUCGUGAUUUUCCCUGGAGCUCGUGCAGCAGAGCCUUCUGCUGGCUGCCUGGGGAGAAGCCCGGGCAGAAGGUCCAGGCGCCACUCUGCUGUCUGGACCUGCUGCUGGACCGCCUCAGUACCCAGAUCUGUCCCGGUUCUCCUCCCGGUGUCUGGGUCUGCAGCACCGACAUGAUCCUCUCCGUCCCGCUGGACUUUGCUCUCUCCUGGGAGGGUUUCUCUGGUGUUCGUGUCCUGGCGUUACCAGGUGACGUCUCCUACGCAGCGGAUCACGGCGUCUACCUGUGCGACCAACAGGGUCGAGUCAGAGACAUCGUCUACAAGGGAACAGAGGAGCAGAUUCAACAAGCUCUGAUGCCUGAUGGGAAAGUGCCGCUGGUGUCGGGUCCGGUCUUCUUCAGCAGGUCGGUGUCAGAGAAGCUGUUGCAGACUCACGUCACGCCUCCUCUUAACGGCUGCACCUACCUGGGCCUGGACUCCGGGGCUCCGCCCCUGCAGAUCUCUCUCUUCCUGGACGUGUUGAAGUGCCUCUGCUCAGAUCUUACUCAGGCUCAGUUUGUGAGUGAGGAGAGAGGCGGCUGCAGUUCUGUCGUCGGACCACAGGGGGCGACGGUGAGGGACGGCAGGGCGGAGCUGUGGAGGAUCCUCAGAGGGACGCCGCUCAGACUGGUGUACGUCGCCGGCGGUCACUACGACUACCUGACGCUGUCUGGGAAGCAGCAUGUGCAGCGACUGACCUGUGAUUGGUCCGACAGGAACACGCUCUCCCACAUCCAGAGAGAGAGCGGGGUGAGCGACGGCGCUCGGGUGAUCAACAGCGUCGUGGAGGGAGACGUUGCCGUGGCGACUGGAGCGGUAGUGCAGCACUGCCACCUACAGGGGCCUCUGGACGUCCCCUCAGGUUGUCUGCUGUCGGGUCUCGAGCCGUCGGCGUCUCGGUGCAUCAGGAAGAUGAAACUGUCCAGUGACAUCAUCAUCCAGGGCCAUCGCGUGGAGCUGGGGGAGCUGAAGCUGAAGGUGUUCACUGUGACGGGGGCUCGGGACGACCUGCAGGUCUCCUCUGACGACGGCCACGCCUCCUUCCUCAACCAGACGUGGAGCGACUUCUACAGCCGGACAGGGAUACAGGCAGAGGAGUUGUGGGUCCGGGGGGAGGGGCGUUCCCUCCUUGAGGCUCGUCUCUUCCCGGUGCUCCGCCCCAGAGGAGGCGCUGUGGGUCUGGAGGGGGGCGUGGCCUGGCUGCUGGGGGGAGGAGUCGGCUGCCUGCGGCGGUGGCGGGAGGCGUGGAGGUUGUCGUUGAGGGAGGUGCUGUCACUCACUCGCCAGGAGGCAGAGCUGCGGUGGAGGGAGGAGCUGCUGUUCCUGGCGGGGAGGCGGAGAGUGUUUGACGCCCUGACGAGUCGGUCGGACGUCUGCCUGCUGCCUUGCUUCAGGGCAGCAGUGCUUGGCGGCGAGCAGGGGGCGCUGCUGGAUACACUGGACGACAUUGCAGCUGGUCCCAGGGAGCAGGGGGCGGAGCCAGGUGCUGAGCUGGGCGUGGCCGCCCGCUGUCUGUCCUGCAUCGCUGAUGUGUUGGUGUGCAUGGCGAGGGGGCGGGGCGGUCUGAGGAGUGGACCCGCUGCUAACGAGGCCUGGAGCUCCGCCUACCUCCUGUUGGAGGAGGGUAACCUGUGGGGCGGAGUCCACGCCCUGGCUGCACAGAGAGCUGAUUGGCUGAGCAGGCCGGACCUGCUGGUUCGGGCAGCCAGGCAUUACGAAGGCGCCGGACAGGUGCUGCUGCGGCGGGCCGUGAUGUCAUCGCAGAGAUUCAUCUCUAUUGGUCAGGGUGAAGUCCUGCCCCUCACGGAGUGGCAGGAAGUGGAGUGUCCGGCCAGACUGGACUUGGCAGGCGGGUGGAGCGACACGCCACCUAUCGCCUUCGAGCAUGGCGGCUCCGUGACCAACAUCGCAGUGCGCAUCGACGGGAAGCGUCCCAUCGGCGCCCGGGCCCGACGCAUCAGGGAGCCCCUCCUCCUGCUGGUCAGCCGCUCAGGAGGGCGGGAAGGCGGCGUUUCCACGGGGAUGGUGUGCGACAGCUUGGAUGACCUCAGUGACUACUGUCAGCCCCACGCACCGGGAGCCCUGCUGAAAGCCGUCUCUGUGUGCAGCGGUCUGGUGUCCCUCACCUCCCAGCAUGCUCUGGGGCACCAGCUGAUGGAGCGGUGGGGCGGAGGGGUGGAGAUCCAAAGCUGGUCGACGCUGCCCACCGGAUCUGGACUGGGGACCAGCAGUAUCCUGGCGGGGGCGCUGUUAGCUGCGGUCUACAGAUGUACAGGUCGAACCUAUGACACUGACGCUCUCAUCCACGCCAUCUUGUACCUGGAGCAGAUCCUCACCACAGGUGGUGGCUGGCAGGACCAGGUGGGAGGUCUGGUGGGCGGAGUCAAGGUGGGGCGCUCCAGGACGUUUCUGCCCCUGCAGGUGGAGGUGGAGCGUCUCAGUCCUCCGGACGACUUCCUGGUUGCUCUGGAGCAGCGCCUCCUGCUGGUCUACACCGGGAAGACCCGGCUGGCUCGGAACCUGCUGCAGGACGUGGUCCGGAACUGGUACAGUCGUUUGCCCUCGAUGGUCCAGAACGUCCAGCAGCUCGUGGAGAACUCAGAGGAAUGUGCCCGGGCCUGUUCUGAGGGCUCCCUGUCCAGACUGGGCCGGUGUCUGGACCGCUCGUGGGAGCAGAAGAAGCUGAUGGCUCCGGGCUGUGAGCCGGCCUCGGUCCGGACCAUGAUGGAGGCGCUGCGGCCGCUGGUCCUGGGUCAGAGUCUUGCCGGCGCCGGGGGAGGCGGCUUCCUCUACCUGCUGACCCGCGAGCCGGGGCAGCGGCAAGUGGUGCUGCAGCUCCUCAAUGACAUGCCGGGUCUGGGAGAUUUCAGCGUCCACUCGGUGGAGCUGGACCUGGACGGGCUCACGGUCCUGCCCACCUGCUGAAGACACGCCCACACCGGCACCGAGGACACGCCCAUAUGUGUAGGACAUGCCCACACACUUAUUAAAGUGACAGUUCAGGAAUUUAAAACAUUUAAAACACAGGAAAAGUGUAAAAAUGCUACAAUUUAAAAACACUUUCUUUUCUCUGUGACGGUGAAAGUUUAUAGAACCAGGAUAGUUUUAUAUGAACAUAUGACUAGUCUGACACGGUUCUCAGUGACAAGUCAGAGGAUUAAUGUAUUUAUCUAUUUUAAAUAUUAACAUUCAUCUUUAGCGUGUUACUUACAAUGUGACGACGGUGCGACGAUUUAAAAAAAAAUCUGACUUAGGAUCAUACGUACGACCGACGACGUACAGUGACUCAAACGCCUCUUGACAUCAUCCCGUUGCCGUGGAGACAAACAGCUUUUUGUUCCUCACAUGGUUUGUGAGAAAAAAUGAUCAGAUUUUAAUAGGAAACAACAAAAUAUUGAUUAUUCUUCAGACAUGAAGCAGUAGCAGUUUCUCCACCUGUUGUUUUUAUUACUGUACUUUUAGCAGUCUCUGGUUUUUAUUCGGGGAAACUGUAUUUUCUUAUAUGAACUUUAAUGUCAAUGAUGAUGACGAUGAUUUGAGUUGAGUUCAGGACUGAAAAAUCAGCCGCAGGUUUAAAGGACAAGUUCACGUUUUUAACAUGUUCAUUAAUGUGAUUAAUGAGUUGACGACCUGUGACCUGCCAUGUGACUCCAGAGUCGUAUAUAUAUAUAUCUAUAUAUAGAUACAGACAUUGUCACGUGGGGUAAAAAUAUUGUGAAAUCAUGUGAGACCCUGAACAAAUGUGAACUUGUCCUAUAGCAACAAUAAACCAAAAAACAAAACUUAGCUAUGAAAUUUCCUAUUUUUUUUAAUCAUGUUUUUCAUUUAUUAGUCCACAGUUUAAUAUUUUCACAAACAAAUCGUCUUUGUUUAAACGGAGAAAGACAUUGAAGAGAUUUCAUGUGUUUUCAUGGUUUGGAUUUUAAAUGUAAUAAUUAUAAUAAUAAUGAAUGUAUAUUAAUUGUUGAAACAGCUUAUUGAACAGGAAUCAAAUCAACAACACUUUAAUCAACAACCGACAGGAAGUGUGGUGACUUUUAUUAAGGAGAGGAAUCAUUUAUUCAUCCACAGAAUAAAUUCUCAGGGUAAAAA